CAUUUAACAAACGCAAUGGCUUCCAUAUCUGAGGAAGACCUCUCCUGUCCUGUCUGCCAUGAACUCUUCAAAGAUCCGGUUGUCCUGUCAUGUAGCCACAGCUUCUGUAAAGACUGUCUCCUGGACUGGUGGACAGGGACACAAAUACAGGAGUGUCCGGUUUGUAAGAGGAGGUCAUCACGGAGUCAACCACCCCAUAACCUGGUAUUAAAGAACCUGUGUGAGACCUUCUUAUUAAAGAAAGGUCAGAGAGGUUCAGCAGGGUCUGAGACUCUCUGCAGUCUGCACUCUGAGAGACUUAAACUCUUCUGCCUGGACCAUAAGCAACCUGUGUGUGUCAUUUGUAGAGAUUCAAAAACUCACCAUAGCCACAGCUUCAGUCCCAUAGAUGAAGUUGCACAGGAUCACAAAGAGGAACUCCAGAAAUCCCUGAAGCCCUUACAGGAGAAACUAAAGCGCUUUAAAGAAGUUAAAGGAAACUGUGAUGAAACAGCAGAAUACAUUAAGGUCCAGGCCGGACACACAGAGAAGCAGAUUAGGGAGCAGUUUAAGAAGCUUCGCCAGUUUCUAAAAGAGGAAGAGGAGGCUAGGAUCUGUGCUUUGAGGGAGGAAGAGGAGCAGAAGAGUCAGAGGAUGAAGGAGAAGAUUGAGGCUCUGAGCAGAGAGAUAGAAGCUCUUUCAGACACAGUCAGAGCCACAGAGGAGGAGCUGAGAGCUGAAGACGUCCCAUUCCUGCAGAACUACAAGGCUGCAGUGGAUAGAGUCCAGCAGCACCCCUUGCUGGAUGAUCCACAGCUGAUCUCAGGAGCUCUGAUAGACGUGGCCAAACAUCUGGGUAACCUGAGCUUCAACAUCUGGGACAAGAUGGAGGAGAUGGUCUCCUACACUCCUGUUAUUCUGGAUCCAAACUCUGCUCAUCCAGAACUCAUCGUGUCUGAAGAUCUGACCAGUGUGAGACGUGAAAAGAGGCAGAAGCUCCCUGACAACCCAGAGAGGUUUGAUUCCUUUCACCCUGUCCUGGGCUCUGAGGGCUUUGACUUUGGGACUCACCGCUGGGAUGUUGAGGUUGGGGACAGUGCAGUCUGGUUUCUGGGUGUAGCAGCAGAGUCUGUUGAGAGGAAAGGCAGAUCAUGGUCUGGACUAUGGAGAAUAGGAUUAUUUAAUGGUAUCUACAAAGCCUUCGCCCCGUCAGCCUCACCGACUGUUCUCCCAAUGCAGAAGAAGAUCCAAAGGAUCAGAGUUGAUCUAGAAUGGAACAGAGGAAAACUGUCCUUCUCUGAUCUUGAUACCGGCCAACACAUUUACAUCGUCAGACGCACUUUUACUGAGAAGCUGUUUCUAUACAUUAGUAAUAGUGAUAAAUUCCCAAUCAAGAUUUUACCAGUUGAAGAUGACGAUGACAAUUAA